UCAACAUUACAUGAGGAUGAACAGGAGAACCACACUUUAACAAACAUUCUCUCUAUACUUUACUACAAAGACAUGGGUAUUUAUACACACAAUAAUGGUGACAUCACAUCCUUAUAACAUACAGGCAUGCGUGCUCUAUGUUACAUAUACAAAUCUGAGUCAAAGUGCAGUGUUUGGUGCAGAGGUCGUGUUCUGGGUGCUGAUUUUCCCGUAAGCCUCAUUGGUUUUCAGAGAGACCUCAUCUCGUGCUGCAUUGAGUUGCUGAUCACCAUCGACCACCUCAUAGAGCUGUUCCUGGUUCCCAGGACCCUCUCCACCACUCUUUGUUCCCCUCCCUCUCAGUGUGUACAUCCAGUGGGCAGCUAACAGUAGGUUGAUAGUCACUGAGACGAGGAGCAAUACAGCCAGUCCCCACCACU